AUGGCCUCCGAGCGCGAAAGCAAGACGUUCCUCGCCCGCCUCUGCGAGCAGGCCGAGCGCUACGAUGAGAUGGUUACUUACAUGAAGGAGGUUGCCAAGUUGGGCAGCGAGCUCAGCGUCGACGAGCGCAACCUUCUCAGCGUCGCCUACAAGAACGUUGUCGGCACCCGCCGGGCCUCGUGGCGCAUCAUCUCCUCCAUUGAGCAGAAGGAAGAAUCCAAGGGCUCUGACAAGCACGUCGCUACCAUCCGCGAAUACCGCACUAAGAUCGAGGAGGAGUUGGAGAAGGUCUGCCAGGAUGUCCUCGACGUUCUCGACCAGUACUUGAUCCCUCAGGCUGCCAGCGGCGAGUCCAAGGUCUUCUACCACAAGAUGAAGGGUGACUACCACCGAUACCUCGCCGAGUUCGCUUCUGGUGAGAAGCGCAAGGUCGCUGCCACUGCCGCCCACGAGGCGUACAAGAGCGCCACCGAUGUUGCUCAGACCGAGCUCACUCCCACCCACCCCAUCCGCCUUGGCCUUGCGUUGAACUUCUCUGUCUUCUACUAUGAGAUCCUCAACUCGCCCGACCGUGCUUGCCACCUCGCGAAACAGGCGUUCGAUGAUGCCAUUGCCGAGCUCGACUCCCUCUCCGAGGAGUCGUACCGCGACAGCACCCUCAUCAUGCAGCUCCUCCGUGACAACCUGACGCUCUGGACGUCAUCUGAUAGCGCUGAUGCUGAGGCCGCCCCUGUUUCGAACGAGCCUCCCAAGAACGCCGGCGAGGGUGAGGCUGCGAAGACCGAGGAGGAGCCCAAGGCCGAGGAGCCUGCUGCUCCUGCCUCUUAA